CCCGCGAGGGGUAAAAUGGGUACACAUGCAAUUCUACUUUGACCUAAAUCCCCGUCUCCUUCUUUGAUCCCAUUUGUGUGAAGACACUCCAAUUGGUGAGUCUUCUGUUGCGUUUUCUUCUUCUCCGGCUCUAACAUAAAACAGGAGCCUUAGCAAAACCAAAAUGCUCCCUCCACGACAGCAGAACCGGGUUGGAGGAUUACAAACAUCUUUGUCUCUAGUUUCUUCAGAUCCUCGUCUUUCUCCGGAGGAACCUAGAUCAAACUCUGACAAUCUCCGUGAAUCUCCUACUGAAAGUGCGAGUUCUCGAGAAACUUGGCCUACUGCCGAUGCAAUCGCUGCAAAGAAGAUGGAGAAUGGAAAAGCUGAGAACGAUUGCCCUGAUCAGUCGGUUAUUCGUCGUGUUUCUAGUGCAGACAAAAUUAGUCUCCAGGACAUUGCAAGAGAAAGAGUUGAUAUAAUAUGUGAAAAAAUGCAUCGUCUACCUGAUGAAUUUCUAGAAGAGCUGAAAAAUGGACUUCGAGUUAUCCUUGAGGGAGGGAAUGGCUCCCAGCAUAGGGAAGAAUUUUUCAUUUUGCAGAAGCAUGUUCAGAGUAGAGCUGAUUUAACAGCCAAGACAUUGAUAAGAUCACACCGUGUGCAGCUUGAAAUCCUUGUUGCCAUAAAUACUGGAAUUCAGGGAUUUUUACAUCCUAGCAUCAGUCUAUCGCAGACUUCACUGAUUGAGAUAUUUGUGUAUAAGAGAUGCAGAAACAUAGCUUGCCAAAACCAGCUUCCAGCUGAUGAUUGUACUUGUGAAACAUGCACCAAUAGCAAUGGUUUCUGCAAUCUUUGCAUGUGCGUUAUAUGCAGCAAGUUUGACUUUGAAGUGAAUACAUGCCGAUGGAUUGGAUGUGAUUUGUGUUCUCAUUGGACUCACACAGAUUGUGCCAUUCGUGAGCAACUUAUUUGCAUGGGCCCUUCUGUGAAGACUGGAGCAGGACCAAGUGAAAUGGUUUUCAGGUGUCAAGCAUGCAAUAGGACUUCAGAACUGUUGGGUUGGGUUAAAGAUGUCUUCCAGCAUUGUGCCCCAUCAUGGGAAGGAGAGGCCUUAAUGAGGGAACUUGAUUUUGUUAGCAGGAUCUUUCACGGUAGUAAAGACCCACGAGGGAGGAAACUCUUUUGGAAAUGUGAUGAUCUCAAGGAAAAACUGAAAAGCGGAAAAGUGGAAUCUAAGGCUGCAUGCAGGGCAAUAUUGAUGGUUUUUCAAGAGCUUGAGGUGGACUCUCCAAAGAGCCUGGAAAAUGCAGAAAGUGGAAGGCUGAUUGCCCCACAGGAGGCAUGCAAUAGAAUUGCUGAGGUGGUGCACGAGGCUAUAAGAAAGAUGGAAAUAGUAGCUGAUGAGAAGAUGAGAAUGUUCAAGAAGGCUCGCUUGGCUCUUGAGGCUUGUGAACGUGAAUUAGCAGACAAGGCCAGAGAAGCAGGAGAACUCAAGAUGGACAGGCAAAAAAAGAAGAUACAGAUUGAAGAACUAGAGAAAAUUGUGAGGCUGAAAAAUGCAGAGGCUGAUAUGUUCCAAUUGAAGGCUAAUGAAGCUAAGCGAGAGGCCGAGAGGCUCCAAAGGAUUGCUCUUGCCAAGUCAGAUAAAUCAGAGGAAGAAUAUACUAGCAACUAUUUGAAACAAAGAUUAAGUGAGGCUGAGGCUGAGAAGCAAUAUCUGUAUGAGAAGAUCAAAUUGCAGGAGAGUUCUCGUGUAUCACAGAGCAGUAGUGGUGGUGACCCCUCUUCAAUGCUGAUGUAUUCCAAAAUCCAUGAUCUUCUCUAUAGUGUUCCUCCCAAGGCUGACAGUCAAUCUAAUGAGUGCCACCCCUUCCGAACAAACCCAUGAGUACUGGUUCAGUGUAUGUUAUAAUCUUUUACAUAUUAUAGAAAGGCCAUUCAGAAUUGAUGAAGAGUCAGUCUAAUUCUAUUAGAUUCGAGACAGUAUAAGCAUUUUUAGAGGGAAAAAGGUACUGCUAGUGAGGGCUUAAAAUCAGUUUGAAAGUAAGCUUUUUAUAUAUGCGGUGUAUGUAUGAAUGUACUUUUGUGACAAAUUGUUGAUUGUUGCUUAAUUUGUGGAAUCUAAUUAGUUGGUCAAUAUUUUUAACAU